GCGGUGGUGGAGGCAAAGACGCAGGCUCCAUCUCGGCGCAGCUGCUGGAGAUGCAGAAACACGUGCGCACGCUAACGUCGGAGUUCAAGCUGGCGAAGGCGAAGGCUCCUGAGGCGAGGGCACCCCCCGCCAGCGUCGAGAGCGGCGAGGGUGACACCGGUGCCGUGUCUGCUGUCAAGAAGCGGCUGGACGAGCUGGAUGGCUUUCUCAAGCAGCUGGCAGGCGUCGACAUUCCAGAGGUUACCCGGCUGGUGGCGCAGUACAAAGCUGAGCAGGCCAAGUUGCGGGCACAGCUUUUUCAGGAGAAGCCGCCGUCGCAGCAACUCAAAACUCUCGGUUUCAAGACCACCAAGGUCGAGCAGCGCAUCACCAAACAGCUGAACUCCCGCGAGGCGAAGCAGGCGCAGCUGGUGGCCCUGCAGGCGGAAGUCGCCUUGCAGGAUGCCGUGCUCGCGGGGAGCUGCUCGAGCUCGAGAGCCAGCGGGCCCAGCUCUAUGGCGUUCUGCCGCAGCCGCCCACGGGGCCACCUGGCGCCGACGCUGGCAACGACCAGAGCAGCUGGGCGCUGCCCAAAAUGGAGCAGGUGCUUGUGGCUGCUGGCGCUGCUCCUGACCUGCAGCAGGAAGUGGCUGCAGUGGUGGGCAAUAUUCGCCAGCGCCGCCAGACCCAGGAGCAGCAAGCCCAGGCCCAGCGAGAGGCCAACGAGAAGCAGGCAGCUGAAGCAGCUGCCCAUGCAGCCAGAGAGCAGCAGGACGCUGCCAUGGCAGGCGACGCCGAUGAGAACCAAGUUGCAUAUUCCCACAGUUGAUGCUAACUCUUUUGGCACAUUGUCCAAGUACCUCGUCGACUGCAGCAGUGACGUGGUCAUCGCGCAGGAGCGCCGCGCGCGCUCUGACAAGCUCUCCGAGGGGGCGCUGAGGGGGGGCGUCUCGGUCUUGGCCGACAUUGCCGUCACCCAGGCGCCGCCGUUGGACGACGGCGUCAGCGUGCCAGACAGGGCCGUGGCGGCCCACGUCCACGCUGCCCUUCCUGGCGGUUUCAUGGCGGCGGCUCUCUGCCUCCACGCGGGUGGGGGCAGGUCGCCCCGCAACCUGGCGUUGGCGUGGCAGGUCGCGCAGCAUGUGAAGCGC